AAAUUCUCUUUGUAGUUGUCUGUCGCGUUUAUUGUUUACUUAUUUAAUUUUCGAGUUGUGAUCAUGUAGUGAAGAAAUAAUUUAUGAUAUUCUAAGUAAUAUAAUACCAGAUAAAAAUAGUAUUUUAUUCAAAGACCGCUCAAGAGGCUUUUAUUAUGUGAUAAAUGAAAUUUUAAGUCAAGUUAGACAACUUUCUAUCAAUUUAAAGCAGCUCUGAAUUAAGAUUCAUUCAAAAAUUAAAAAAGGAAUUGCCAGUUGUUGGUUGACCUUGAAUAAAAAUGUGGCAUAAUAUAUUGAAACAAUUUAUGUUACCAAAUGUUUUCCAUUACCGACUGAUGAACCAUGACUUACUGAUGAACAUCUCCAAUCUAUUCUGAACAUAACUACCUAAAAUAUGAAACCUGACAUCCUCAAGCUCAAGGCAAAUUGAAUAAUGGCAUCCCCGUCGAAACACCGACUUAAAAAGCAAACUUGGUGCAAAAGCUUAAUACUCAAGAGAUUACCCAUAACGGAAUGGAUCCCGAAAUAUAACACUGAUAAAGCCCUGGCAGACUUAAUAGCCGGUGUUACAGUUGGACUUACUGUAAUACCGCAGGCGUUAGCAUACGCCACGUUGGCUGGGUUGCCACCCCAGUAUGGAUUAUAUUCGUCAUUCGUGGGCUGUUUUGUGUACGUCAUAUUCGGAUCGUGUAAAGACAUCACGCUGGGUCCCACGGCGCUCAUGGCACUAAUGACGUAUGAACAAGUACAGAGCAGGAACUUCGACUACGCAUUUCUCCUGUGCUUCUUAACCGGCAUCGUCCAAUUGAUCAUGGGAAUUCUACAUUUGGGUGUGCUAAUUGAUUUCAUCUCCGUACCCGUGACAGUCGGGUUCACGUCGGCUACUUCAGUGAUUAUUGCAGUGUCCCAGUUGAAAGGUUUACUGGGACUUCAGUUUAAAUCUAAAGGAUUUCUAGACACGUUCAAGAAGGUAAUUGUAAACGUGCCUAAUGCAAAGUUGGCUGACACCGUUCUAGGUGUAUCGUGUAUUGUAAUCCUUCUUUUAAUGCGGAAAUUGAAAGACAUAAAGUUGGGUGAUCGUAACAGGGGCCUUAAGAAGGCGAUGUGGCUUUUAUCGACUUCAAGAAAUGCUAUCUUGGUUGUUUUAUGCUCUGUGAUCGCGUACGCCUGGGAAUACAAUUCCGAGUCGCCGUUCAAACUUACUGGCGAUGUUAAAGAUGGUCUACCUGAAUGGAACUGGCCACCUUUUGGUACUGUGCUGGAUGGAAAGACAAUCACGUUCUCUGAAAUGUGUGCAGACCUUGGUUCUUCUAUUGUUCUCGUGCCGAUCAUUGGAGUAUUGGGAAACGUAGCAAUUGCGAAAGCCUUCGCUAGUGGAGAAUCAGUGGAUGCAACACAAGAGCUUAUAACAUUAUCAUUAGCGAAUAUUCUGGGCUCGUUCGUGAGCGCGAUGCCCAUUACUGGCUCGUUCUCUAGAAGCGCAGUCAACCACGCCAGCGGCGUCGCCUCGCAACUUGGAAGUAUUUACACAGGUAUCCUAGUACUGCUGGCUCUGAGUCUACUAACACCGUAUUUCUACUACAUACCGAAAGCAAGCCUUGCUGCUGUCAUCAUUUGCGCUGUCAUGUUUAUGAUCGAGUAUGAGGUGGUGAAGCCAAUGUGGCGGUCUCGCCGCGCGGAUCUUCUACCGGCAUUCGCCACGUUUGCCUUGUGCCUGCUGGUCGGCGUGGAGCUCGGCAUAGUUGCCGGAGUGAUGCUCAAUGUUCUGCUACUUCUGUACCCCAGCGCGAGGCCGCAGCUCGAAGCUGAAAUCGUCACUAAUGGUUCCGGCUUGAGCUACUUGCUGGUAACAGUCGGCAACAGUCUUUACUUCCCCGGCGUGGAAUACAUACGGCAGUAUGUGACGCGGGCAGCGAACAAACAAGCCUGUACCAUCCCGGUCGUCUUAGAUUGCAGAUAUGUCUUGGGCGCAGACUUCACAGCAGCGAAGGGUCUAUGCGCACUGUCUAGCUCGCUAUCUUCGCGCGGGCAGCCGCUUGUGCUUAUGUCGCCACGUGCAAACGUUGCUGCCGUGUUCCGAGGUGCGGGCACCUCCGUCACUGUUGUACAAGACGCCACCGAGUUGGAUCUCACACUGCAAGAGUUGACUGGACAAAUAGCACUGACACCGAUCGAUAGCAAUUCAAAGAGAAUCACACCGCCCCCAACAUACAAUUCCUUGGAACAGGAAGAUGUGUUAGAAUCCGUGGUAUCUGAUGAUAGGUCUGUGCCGCUGCUAAACAACAAUGCUAGGAAGAUUAUUCGCAACGAGGUGAAUGAUACAUGACGUAGGUAUCUUACUAGUAUGGUAGUCUAGUGUUUAGUUGUAUGUUCUGCUGUAUGGGACUUGCUUGGAGUAUUUAAUGACACGGAGACGGCAAUGUUGUAAGUUUUUGUCAAGUACAGGUAUAUAUAUAAUAUGGCUGUAAUUAAUGAUUAUUAUAUUUGUGUGAAUUUGCGUUCAAAUUACAAUUUUUCUGUUCUUUUUUUUACUUUUUUUUGUAUGUGGUUGUAUCCUUAAUUACUGAAAAAUGGCUUAACCGAAUCAGGUUAGGGUAGAACGUGUCGAUAGCGCGACCUAACCCACAUCGUCAGAAGCUAAAGUAUCGACAACACCCGGUACCCGUGGGAACGGCUAUAAUCGGUACUCUAUGUGUUUGCAGAUUCUUGUCAUUUCCAUGGCUAAGGACCUAGUUUUUAAGUAUUUUGAUUAGGCACAUCAUGGUUGUAGGCAGACUUGUAAGCAGUGACGGUAAACGAUAUGACGCUCUCUAGUGGUGUCACUCCCUCUCUCUAAAUCCACACUCUUCUCUUAAUAGGAGCUGUAAAUGGGAUAAGAAAAGGGGCGGAAUAUAAUCAAAAUUUUAACUUUAUUGGAAAAUGAUACAUGAUAAUUUUCUUUGGCAAUUAUGUAUUGUAUAUUAUUACAUACCGUAUUCAAAACAUAAGUUUAAAUCCUCCGCCGCAUCUUAUAGCCGUCUUAAUGCGACAAACUCAAAAGCUACCAAAUAUGUUAUACUACAAUUAACGAGGAAGGAUUUAAUUAUUAAUUUUAUAAUUAAUAUUGAAUAUUUAACGCAACAACUGAUAAAAUUAAAUUGUGUUUCAAUUUCGAGUUCACCUUGUGGUACACGUUUGGUGCUACAUAUUUAUAUCGCUUUAAUACAAAAAUUUAAUUUUAUUCACGCAUAUCAAAGUUAGUAAGCAUGAACAUUUAAAAAUAGUGAUAAGUGUAAUAAUGUAUUUAUUGUACUAAUUACUGAACUUUUAGUAAGUAUUAAUGUAAGUUUUUUAAUAAUAUCGUAUCGAAUACUGUAUACUAUGCGUUAUCAAUCAGUGUAUCAGUUCUCCGAAAUAUUGUUAUUUGUAAGUCCACGUGAAUGUUUACUAUAAGAAUAACAAUAGUUUGAACUCGUUGGAACACAACAGAGACACCUUAUACGCAUGACGUCUCCUUUUAGUUAAAUACUUUAAGAAUUGACUGUAUGUUUAUGCCUAUGUAUGUUUUUAUUUAUUUGAUAUAGUUAAUUUUAAAUCGAAUUUAACAUAUUUUCUUAAUUCGUUUUUUUGUAGAAACAUUGACACAAUUGAAAUUGUUUAAUUUACAUUCAAAGUUUUUUUUACAAUUGUAAUAUUAUUUCUUAGCAUAAACGAAUUAUUAAUUGAUAUUUUUAGGUUAUAUUAAUGUUUAAUGGUGAAGUGUUACCCAGUUUAAUAUUAUAUGCAUAUUACAUGAUGGACAUAUCAACAGAAUCUAGCUAUUCUUAAAACUUUUGUUAUACAUAGUAUAUGAGUAUUAGUAGCGAUCCUUAUGUUAUAUUGCCAAACGCCACAUUUCGCAAUUUAUAUCAUUAUUAUUAUAAUUAUUUUUUUUAACAUAAUAAAAACUGUUAAUAUUAUUAAGAUGAACAAAAGUUACGAUAUAUACGUUUUCGCUAUCUGACUAUUUAUAAAUUAUGUACAUCUGAUUAAUUUUCGAUAUCUCAGAAUCUCAGUUAUUUCAGUGAAUUAUCUAAGCAUACUAAUCUAUCGACUAUACAUAUUGUUCGUCCCACAGAACAGCUUCGGCCGUACAAAUGCUAACUACUGAAAAUAUAUAUUUCAUAAUAUGCUAACCUCACAGACCUUAGAUUAUCAGUAAUGGUACCUACACUGCUAUGCUCAGUGAUGUGUUAAUUAAAUAUUAUCUUAAGAGCUCAUUUCACUCUUCAGUCUUCAGUAAAUCUAAUUAGAAACACUGUAAAAUAAAUUGAACAGAUGACUCUCAGUCUUGAAUUAGAUUUACAUUCGGACGCACACCGUGUCUAUUAUGACAACAAAAGAUCUAGCUCUUACAGGAGUCAUGUGGAAAUGAAAGAAGACAAAGUGUUGGGUAAAAUAAUAUUUAGUAUUAAGAAAAUACUGUCUCAUAUGACAAUUGUUCAAAACUAUACUUUAUUAUGACUUUAUUUCUAUUAGUUCUGGUAUACACCAUAUUAGGUGUUAUAGUUAAGGUUUAAGUCAAAUUUAACGUUAACAGUAACGCUGAUUUUAACAUUGACUGUGCAAUGUGUUGCACCAUCGUACUCCUUGGUAUAGUUAAAGUUAAAAAGUGGAAUGUCAAGUAGAUAUCGAAUAUUCAAGUGAAGCUUUUAACAGGUCGCUAUUAAACAUUAACAAUGGCUUUAACCGGCGAAGAUUGGACGAUUACGGUUAACAGUUAAAGUAAUGACGUCAUCUAAAAAUUGUCAAAUGGUGCAACACAUUUUUUUGCUUAACGGGUACAUUUACAUGUUUGUUAUUGCUAAAAUUAGUUGAUGCACUCAGCCUAACUGUUAAAAUUAUUAAGUUCCUACUGCUUGUCCUUCGUAGCGAUGAGGUUUAAAUUUAGAAAAAAGUCGUGACAUUAGAAUCCCACUAAAUUAGUUACGAUUUGUUCCAACUUCGAUUUCGUAAUUCGGUUUCCUGCAGGUCGAAGAAUUCAAUAAGGUCUUAACACUUACGGCCGUUCCCAAUAUACUAUCUACAGAUAGAGGUAAAUUACUACCUUCUACUGUCUGUAAUUAGCUGUCAAUAAUCUGAAGCUGACCCAAUAUACCCGAUAAGACAUUCAUAUCGUCAGUUCACUGUUGCAAUUUUGCAUACAAACUUCUAUCGCUGGUAUGCUUUACGUCUUCCCAUUGACAGACAGAGUGUACGGAUGAGAGAGAUGAGUUACCAUCGAUAUGUUUAUUGGGACAGAAAAGUCAAAGAUAGUUACGAUUUUUUAUCUCAAGUAGGCCACAACCGCAGAUAGACUGAAUGUUGGGAAUGGCCGUAAGACGACGAAAGGUAAUGUUUCGUACGGGAGUGUACGCUAUCCGCUGUAAUGUGUGUUCUCUAUCUAUUGUUUGUGCUCUAUGGUUGUUAAACAACUAUAAUUGUUAUUUAUUCUUGUGUUUGUGUCAAUAGAUGUAACAAAUGCUGUGCUUCUAGUUAACUAAGUAGUUAAUAAAGUCAUCCCAGUAUCGUUCAUUAGUAUAAUCUUCUUAUUGGAAUUUAUUGUGAACGUUGAGAAUUGUUAAAUUAAAUCAUAUUCGGUUUGGAUCUUAAUCAUGUACAAAAUAUGAAAUAAACAAUAAGGUUGUAUUGGCAAA